UGUAAACGGAAAAGAGUUGUUAGAAGCAGGUCUUCUCAGCCAACCCAGGCAGACCAAAGUACUGUAGGCAUUAAACUUUAUUUUGCUUGGUAGCUUCUCCCUGUUCUUCGGCUUGGGCUGCUGGCAGCGGAUCUGCAGAAUGAAUCCCUGCCAAGUCCUGCGCGACGCCCCCGUCCGAAAAGUUGCCAUCUUCGGAGGGACUCAUGGCAAUGAGUUGUCGGGGGUGUUUCUGGUCAAGUCCUGGCAGGAAGAUGGAGCAGAGAUCCAAAGAGCUGGGUUGGAGACACGGCCUUUCCUUGCCAACCCAAGAGCUGUGGAAAAAUGCUGCAGAUAUGUAGACUGUGACCUGAACCGGGUUUUUGAUUCUGAAAAUCUGGGCAAGGAACUUACGGGCCAUGUCCCCUACGAAGUCCGAAGAGCCCAAGAAAUAAAUGGCCUGUUUGGUCCCAAAGGCCAACCAGAGGCUUACGACCUUAUUUUUGACCUUCACAACACAACCGCUAACAUGGGAGGCACCCUUAUCCUCGAAAACUCCAGGGAUUGCUUUGCCAUUCAGAUGUGCCAUUAUAUACAGGAUGCUUUGUCGCCAGACAGCUGUCCGGUCUUCCUCCUUGAACAUCCCAACUUGAAAUAUGCCACGACCCGGUCUGUAGCAAAACAUCCAGUUGGCAUUGAAGUUGGUCCUCAGCCUCAAGGGGUUCUGAGGGCGGACAUUUUGGAUAAAAUGAGGAAGAUCAUCCAACAUGGCCUGGAUUUUGUGCAAAAGUUCAAUGCAGGACAAGAAUUCCCUCCAUGGACCAUUGAUGUUUAUAAAAUAAUGGAAAAAGUUGAUUAUCCCAGGAACAAUAAAAAUGAGAUUAUGGCUGUCAUUCACCCUAAUUUACAGGAUCGAGACUGGCAGCCACUCAAUCCGGGUGAUCCCAUGUUCUUGACUUUGGAAGGAAAGAUGAUCCCGUAUGAAGGCGAAACCACAGUAUACCCAACUUUUGUGAACGAGGCUGCGUAUUACGAGAAGCAGCAAGCUUUCGUAACCACAGUGAAGGAAAAAUUGAGCGCAAAAGGGCUCAAAGUCUCUUAGACUUGGAUUUUUUUUUUCAGUUCCUCUUAAGAGCCUACAAAUAUUUGGCAUUUCUUAUCCAGGAUGGCCUGAAAACACUGUAGAUCGUUGACCAAAAUGUCAAUUUUUUUCAUUGUAAGAAAUAGCGCUUACUGAGAGCAGCUGGAAAACAAUGCGCACUGUAAAUAAUUCUAAACGGAUUAAUAUGUGCUUUACCGUUGCUGUUUUGAUAAAUGCUUUUUCAGGGGUGGUCUUGAGGCCGUGGUCAGAAAAGUCAAGAUGGUGAUUGCAAUGGUGCUCACCAGUUUUUAUAUGCGCUGUGGCCACCAUCUUGACUUUUCUGACAUACCCUGCAGACGCCCAUCAGCAUGAAGUCAUUUUUUAAACCAGAGGGCAACAUCUAUUUCAUAUUUCAUGUGCCCUGAAGAAAAGUGGUGAAAUAUGAGGAGAAAGAGCAUUUCAUGAAACCUAUGAAGAUGGUAUCUCAAUGUAGUUUUGUGCCAGUAAGGGCCUCUGUAAUGCUCCUGGCAUAGGCCCCUGACAGAAAAUACUGUCCUAUUAAUUUGCAAGAACAGUGCUGUGAAAGGGUAUUACAUCCCUGUAGUUAACUUAAUGAAGUGUGGCCAACUAUUAAGAUAGCAUUCUGAGUCACAGGAUAAAUGAUUUCUCAAGAA